ACAGACAGGUGGAGGAGACGUCCUGAAGCUCCGGGUCUGCACCGUGUUUGGACUCGAGGCAGGACUGGACCGAACCGGGACCGGACCGCCGGUCCAGCCAGCUGGGUCGGGGACCCUUUGCUGGAUUCUCCCGGAGCCGAUCCAGAAGAUGGUGCGGCUCUCCUGCCCACCCUGAACCCUCAUGCUGCUGGACUCCUCCGUGCGGGUUCUGGGAGCUGGAUGAUGGACUAGAGAGGCGCGCGCGUGGAUCCGCUUUCACCCCCGAGGUCGCUGCUUGCUAACACACCCGGCUUUGGUCAUGGAGAACCCGCCGGCCGAGGCGCAGAGCUACGAAGACGUGCAGAAGAGCGGUUACCUCCGCAAACAUAAAUCAAUGCACCGGCGCUUCUUCGUGCUGAGGGCGGCCUCGGAGCACGGACCUGCCCGCCUCGAGUACUACGAGAACGAGAAGAAAUUUCGCAGCAAGUCGCCGGUUCCCAAGAAGGUUCUGAGCCUGGACUCGUGCUUCAACAUCAACAAGCGGGCGGACUCCAAGAACAAGCACAUGAUCGUGCUGUACACCCGCAGCGAGAGCUUCGCCAUCGCCGCAGACAGCGAGGGCGUCCAGAACGAGUGGUACCAGGCGAUGCUGGAUCUCCAGAGCAACUGUCGAACCCCGGAGGAUUAUGGCAGCAGUGGAGAGUGUAGCUCUCCAUCGCCGAUACCAACGUUCAAGGAAGUGUGGCAGGUCAAAGUUUGGCCAAAAGGUCUUGGACAUGCCAGGAACUUAGUAGGCAUCUACCGACUGUGCCUCACUGACAAGACUGUCAACUUCCUGAAGCUGAAUUCCGAUGUGUCCUCUGUGGUACUGCAGCUGAUGAACGUUCGCAGGUGUGGCCAUUCGGAGAAUUUCUUCUUCAUCGAGGUGGGACGUUCAGCAAUUACAGGCCCGGGAGAGUUCUGGAUGCAAGUGGACGACUCUGUGGUGGCUCAGAACAUGCACGAGACCCUGCUGGAGGCUAUGAAGGCCCUGAGCGAGGAGUUCCGCCAGCGCAGUAAGUCUCAGUCUGUCGGAACAUCAUGUGGAGGUGGCACAGUCUCGAACCCCAUCAGCGUCCCAAGCCGUCGUCACCAUCCAAAUCUGCCUCCGAGCCAGGUGGGAUUCUCUAGACGUGCUCGGACUGAGACACCAGGAACAGGGGGCAGCAGUACCAGCACUUCACCGACCUCGCGCCACGGAUUCCCAAGGGCGCGAACUGCCAGCAUAGGAGCAAGGUCUGAGGAAAGCAGCACAAGUGCCAGAGGAACAUGGGCCAGCUCCAGCCCAAGUCUUAAUGGUUCCUGCUCAACUACACCAACGUUACGGCCAAAGCCCACAAGGGCCCCAACACCUGCCAAGAUAACGCUCAGCCUUGCGCGAUAUACACCCAACCCUGCACCUUCCCCUGCACCAAGCCUCUCCUCUAGCUCUGGUCAUGGAUCAGAGUGCGGCCUAGUGGGGGCAGCAGUAGGUGGCAUGACCAUUUGCUCCUACCCCCGAGUGUCGCAAAGAGUAUCUGUCUCUGGUUCACCAAGUGACUACGGUUCCUCAGAUGAAUAUGGCUCUAGUCCUGGUGAACACUCCUUGCUUGCGCCCAGUACAUCUGGACAUCAUGUACACGGUGAAGGUUCCUCCAGCUAUAUAGUCAUGGGACAUCGUGAAGGACUGCUCAGUUCCCACCAUCGUUCCAAAGGACGACGAAUUCUCCGACGCUCAUCCAGUCGGGAAUCUGAAGUUGAACGCAGACUGUUAAGUAAGAGGGCAUCCCUGCCGUUGGCUGACCAUGAACGACUGACCCCACAUCGAAAAGAUGAAGAUGAUGAGGAUGAUGAAGAAUACGCCAUCAUGACGCAAAGUGCGAACCGAGAGAGAGGUGAUUCACAUCAUGGCCUCGGGGGCGCAGUAGGGGGUAGUAGAAAGAGAGCUGAUAAAACCAGGAGGGGAGUGGGCGCAGGCUCCACUGUGGACAGUGGUUACAUGUCCAUGCUCCCUGGAGUGACAUCUCCGCCUGAUUCGCUCUCUCUCUCCAUGUCUGGCGCUGCAGCCAAAGCUGAGGCAGAUGAUGAGUACAUGGCCAUGACCCCCAACAACAGCGUGUCCCCUCCUCGCCACAUACGGCAGCCCAGCUCUGAAGGUUACAUGGUUAUGUCCCCCAACAGUAGCAGCUCCACGGACUUGCAAGGGAUCGGUAUUUGGGACAGCAGGGUGGGGAUGGAGAGCCGAGCUGCCACCGACUACAUGAACAUCUCGCCUGUGAGCAGCCGCUCGGCUUGCAGCACGCCACCGUCCCACCCCGAACAGCACCAACUGCAACCAAAAAUGUUCAAUUCCUACUUCUCCCUCCCUCGGGCGUAUCAGCACACACUCUACACUCGCUUUGAGGAGGAUUUAAACAAAGGCGAGGGAAAAAAGGACAUCGGUGGUGGAGCUGGAAGGGGAGGGGCAGCAGGGUACACCAAAAGGAAUAAAAUAGCGAUGGGCCCGACAGGGGGCUGCCAACUCUCCAUGUCUUCCUCUUCUUUCUCCUCCAGCUCAGCCAGCAGUGAGAGUCUGGAGGACAAAUCACUGUCAGCGGGUAGAGGGUUAAGUUUAUUACGAUCUGGCGUGCAGAGUGCAGGAGCUUGCACAAAAGACGGCCGCCAUCAGAAACGAGGAUCAAGUUCAAAAAGUCCGAAACAGCAGAGGAAGGGCCGACCCCUCAGCAUAUCGUCAGACAUCACGAAAGCCAACACCCUCCCCAGGGCAAAGGAAAAUCUCCAUCCAUUAGCACCGCAGAAUGUUGGCGAUUAUGUCAGUAUUGUUUACAUGGAAGACAAGUACGAUGAUGAUCGAGAUGUGGAGAAUGAACGUGGUCGAGCUGUGCUUCACGGCACAAUCCGUCCUUUGAACCAGCAACUCCUCAGCUCUGGUAAUCCUAACAACCUCCCCAGGAGCUUGUCCGCACCUUUAUCUGGCUCCACUGAGUAUGUCAGCAUGGAUUUAGGGAAGCCAUCAACACCGCUCACUCCGGUCCGGUCCACAUUCAACAACCCGCAAGUUCCUCCGGCUGUUGCUCCCAGGACCCGGCACGACCGUGAUAAAGCCUCUCCACUAGCGGCAGAGGGAAGUACCGGAUACAGAUCCAAAAAGAUGGCUUCGGUGGCGACGGAUAAUGUUGCAUCAUUUACAGAGACUAAAAGCUCAGAAUCCAAUAUUUCAGCAAGACCUGCCAUCCACGCUGUUCCACCUGAGACUGGGUUGAGUUUUUCCCCAGCCAAGUCCUUCCAGUCUCCCGAAAGGGUGAGCAGACUCGUACGAGCAGACCAGCAGGGGCGGCGGAGCCACCGUUCAGAGACUUUCAGUUCACCUUGCCACGCACCAUCCUCCACCUUGCACUAUCCAGAGGGAAGCCAGCCAGCGAGCCAUCGCCACGGUCUGGAUUGCUCCUUGUGGGAGAGCGGGCAGGCGACGAGUCUGUCUGCCACACCUCCUCCGCAAGCCUCAACCUCAUCAGCUGAACAAGGCCUUAACUAUAUUGACCUGGACCUGGUGGUGAAGGAGGGCUCUCAUGCUGGAGUGGAGCAUGCCUCCGCCACCUACAACGAUGGAGGGAACGCUGCGGGUUCCGGCAUCAACACGUACGCCAGUAUUGAUUUCUACAAGUCAGAAGAACUCAGAGCACACCAGAUCAGUCGGAAGGAUGGUCAAGAUUGUUGAUCUCCAUCCAGCAGCGCACGACUGUAGAAUCACGACUCAACCACCCGAACAAAAGAGACCUGCGGGGUUGGAACGCUGGAGUGCAGCAAACUCAUCCACUCACCGUCGACCAAACGCGUGCCAAACACACAGACACACAAACAGGGUAAGGAAAAGGUGUAAAAUGACGUUGACGUACAACUUCAUGGACAAUUCUGUCACGACUCAUCGGACUUUCAGGGAAUCACUUGACGAUUCAAUGGUGCAACAUAUUUUUACGAUUCAAACAGAACGCUUCAAAAGGAAAUUGUCGCUUUGAUGGAGAAGAAGACUUUCUCACCAAAUAUGAUUUAUUUUUAACACUUGCCAAAAAAUCUAUUUAUAUUUUUUACUGCUUUUCUAGCACAGCUGUGAAUACAUUACAAGUAAUUAAAAAAAAAAAUACACAAUUUACUGAGGGAGUGACGUCCUGACAAUAAAAUUGAAUAAAACAUGUCCAAAAAGGACAGAUAUAUAAAUAUCCAACAGCGUUUCAUAUCUGUCAUUCAAACAUGUUUUUUAUAUUUAUAAUGACAAAAAGCAAAUUAUUAUCAUCUGACCUCUUGAAAAAUAUAUGAAAUUCAUAUUUGUUAUUUAUAAAAAAUGUGAAGAACAAUGGGAACCAAGUUAGAAAUUAUUUAAUACAUUUUACUGCUAUUAUAAUAAAUAGAGAGCAUUCACCAGAAUAAAAUAUCAAUAUAAAGUCAACUUUUACAAACUAUUACAAUUUCAUUUCUUAAGAAAUCUAAAAAGUAAUAAAAUAUUAUGAAAAAUGUCUGUAUUUAGCUACAUAACACAAAAGUGAGACCAUUUAUUACAAAAAUGAGAUGUAUUAAAAAGUGACUAUUAUCAAUAAAAAUACAGGUUAUUUUAAAAGCGUGAGACGAAAAAUAUAUACAAAACAAGAUGCAACAAAUAACUAAAGGAAUAUCUAAACACUCUCAGGAUCUGAAAUACACACUUUGAGCAUCUUAUUUUAUCAAAUUGCUUGUAUAUAAAAUAUAAAAUACUUUCAUGUGGCAAACAGAAAAUCUGUAAAAAGUCCUGAUAGAUUUUUUGGCAACUGUUGGUUUGAUAUGAUGCCUGUAUAUUACGUUAUGGUAUAUACUAAAGUAUUCAUGCAGAGCAGCAUUAACUAGAGUACCUUCUCCACUCUUUGAAACCUUCUGCCACAUUUUUGAUAUAAAAGGACACAAUGGUAUCUAAGAUAAACAGUAUGCAUAUGAUAUUUAAUAGUACAAAGCCUAGAUAUCUAUAUACUCUUUUAUAAAGUGCCUCUUUUUUGAUUGUAGCUGUUUUUACAGGUCAUUUCAAAAGGGUUGUGAAUAUAAAACUCUCUAAAUUGUGAAUAUUGUUGAGCAGAGCAGAAGAUGCUGAAUCGCUGUCAUCAAACUGCCUUAUCGUAUUUGUGAAAAAAAACAACAACAAAACAACAAGAAAAAAAAACAUGAGGGAUUUUAUUUUCAAGGUGCCUGUGAUUAUUUUGGAUUUUUAGCUCCGACAAGUGCAGAUUCCAGCAGAAAAAGGGCCUUUUUUUAAGAUUCUCCAUCUCAUUGUGCGGUGCAUGAGCGCCCCGUUUUAAAAUUUGUCUACCAACUUCAUCAGCGCUCACGUUUGUUCAGAUAUUAGAAUGCUGAGUAUCACUGAAGGGGAUGGGGAUCGAACCAGUGACCUUGUGACUGCAACUCAGAAGGUAUCCUAAAUGGGUGGGGGCCUUGGGCAGACCCAAGAGACGACGUCUCCAAAGCAGGAAGUCUGGGGCUCUUUGAUCCAGCUGCUGCCCCCGCGACCAGCCACAAGCAAAUCAUCAAUAUUGUCAAGAGCAUGAUUCAUUUUUGUUUUCCCCUUCGGUGCGUGCAGCGUAGCAUCAUUAGCACAAUUAGCAUCACAGACGCUUCACCAGUCUGUAAUUUAAAAAUAAAAACAUCAAAGUACAUUUUGUUUUUGUUUGUGGAGCUAUUUUCAUUAGCCUAGCGCCUUGUUUAGCUUCCUGUCAAGGUUACUGGCUUGAUCCCAGGCUUUUCAAGUGACUGCUAAAGUGUCCUUGUGCAUGACACUAACCCCUUAACCAGAUCGGCAGCUCUAGUGACGAGGCCUGUACAGUAAAAAGUUGCUGGUUCAAUCCCAGACACGUCCACCAGUGAGCAUUACUUUCUCCUGCAGCCUUAAACCUGUGAAAUACUUGUAAUUUAAAAGAAAAAAAACUAAAACUUUAGUUCAUGAAUCUUUGCUCUUCCACAUCAGCAUCAAAUGUCCAGUACCUGCUCUGAGAUAUAUUUGGUUCCUGCACCCGGAAAUCAUGCAUUUGUGCCAAGAAAGAUGUGAAUAGUUCUUUUCUCUUUCACUCUUUUGUGUUGUUUGUUCUCACAACCCACUCAGAACUUUCUUCCAUGUACAUUCUGCUGCCAAAAACUCCGCCACACUAAGAUCGGUGGUGCGCUCCAGAAUUUUCCACCGGAGCUUCACUGGGCCCACAGUGUGAAAUGAAAAUGUGUUUUUAUUUACUCCGGUAAUGUGAAGGUUGUUUACUGUUCGUAUCAGGAGCCGCGGAAGGUUUCGACUGUACAGCGUGUGAACAGGGUAAGAAGGAAGGAGACUUCCGUUUUCCCACUUUUAGACGACUUUAACUCAAACAGUGUAGAUAUUUACGAUUUCUUGUGUCUAAAUUUGAAGCAGAUUGGUUGUUUUGUAACAAAACUUUAAUUUUAAUGGUCCCACAUUAUGCUUUUCACCUGUCAUUUCUUAACACCAUUGGGAAAUAAAGCACAGAAUUGCGAGACCGAGUGGAUUUUCAAAAUGGCUGCCGUAUGUUUACUUGACUCCAUGAAGAGGGCCAAUGAAUUCCAUGGAUUUUUCAGGCUUCAUUCUAGUCUGACCUCUUUUUCAGGUUACAUCAUGAAUAAUAAUAGACAAAUUAGCUGAACUAGUUCCUCCGCUAGCUUGUUGACUAGUGUGUCACGUACACAAGAGUUGGAAAAAUGAUCUUUUUCAAGAUGAAAUCCCACGCGAUCAAACAUAUUGAAACAAAGUGUAGACAUUGAAGUGAACUGAUAACACAUAGCGCAUCAUGGAGGUGGACUUGAAUGUGACGGAUUCUGCGUGUUUUUCAAGGAGAAAUCCCAAAAGAAACUUCCUAAUGACUGAAGUCUGUUGCUCGCGGAGCUCAAGUCGUCUCCUAUGAAGAAACGCAGUAUCUAGUAGUACCAGUUCAGUAAACGACAAAACGUUCCUCCUCUGAUUCAUUGUUUUUCUCUGUCGCGUUUUAUUGGCUGCGUUCUGUACCGUGUUUUUUGGGUGUGGGGUGGGAGGUGCUUGCUCCACCACUGUGUCAAAAUAUCCUGGCGGAAACCCUGGAUCUUCUUUGCUUAACUCUAGUUCCCUUGUUCAAGUUCUGGAACCAAUAGCCGACGAAAUCAAAAAACAACCUGAGGUUUUAGUCUGGUCCGAAUGCAUCGUGUCGGUAAUCCUACCCCCACUUUUAUACCCAAUUCUGUGCUUGUUAACCAUGGUUAACCAGAUUCUGACUGGGAAACUAAACAUUCACGGCAUAAUAAAGGACCUUAAAUCACUGAGAGCUACAACCCUAAAAAAUAUUGGCUUGAAUCAAACACAAAAAGACAAUAACAAAACAAUCAAAUUCAGUCGUUUAAACUGAUGAUUUCGGAUUAUGAACCCUGAUUUAAAUAACCAAAUGUGAGGAUGAGCCCAUCGUUAUUGGCUUACAUUUCACUGCCAGUCGCAUUUAUUGUGGAAUUUCCGUGUGAAUCGCUUUAUUCCAUGAGAGAUUAGCAGAGAUUUUCUGUGGCUCGUGAUCUUCAAUCCAAGAACACAGUUGGAGGUGAGACCCGUCGGUACAGUAUCGAUCGCUAAUCACUUUGUUUUAUCACCGCGACAAUGUUCUAACUGUGGGAAACGCUACUGUUUGUACAAUCAGGACGUUUGAAUUUAAAAGAGCGUUGUAUGUAUUUUGCAGCUACUUUGAUAACGGUGUAAAAAGGAUGUAAAGUUUACUGUGUACAGAGGGG